UCGACUCAAGCGGUCAUCUAUUGGGCCACCACUGAGCAAAUGUAUGGGCUUCACGGAGCGUUUGCUUGCCAAGGCAGCGACUUUUUCCUUCCUCCAUGCCUGCAAACAUACGAACUAUUCGUCGAGGAGCAUUAAGCCUAUCAUGGACCUGGACGACACCGACGCUCUCGUAAGUUGGACCAUUUCCGUGUUUGGGGAACUGCCCUUCGACCUUGUUGAAGAAUCAUGGAUCAAUGCGGCAUGGGAUAACAGGUACACGGAUAUAAGUCUCCCCGAUGUCGAUUUGUUGGAGUCUGUUGAAGGAAACAGUUCUGCCUUGCUGGACGCUCUGUCGACUGCGUGCGACGUUUGCCAGAAGUGGUCUCGCUUUUCGGUGUCUGACGUGGACGUAGGAGAGGAAGACAGUGACGACAAACUUUGGAGAACUCUCAUGGACAAUGGUGUCCACUACAAAGCGUUGCUAGGCUUGGUGUACUUAGGAAUCGGUCAGGGCAACUCGGCAGGUGCCUUCCUCGUGAAGAAGAAGAUAGCCUUGCGAUUUUCUAAACUCUACUUCAACCUCGUGCUUGUGCCGGGAAGCUCUGCAUACAGAAUUUUCCAGGAGAGCCUUUUCCAAAGCGCCAUUCAGUGUUUUCGUCUUCCGAGCAAGAACACCAACCUGAAUGCAGAUGGAACGGGAAGCAGAAACGCGUCACAGAGCGGGAGCACGCGUGGCGGUGGUCGGGGCGGCCGGCGAAAGCAGUCCGCCACAGCCGCGGCUGGCGACGACGCCGACGCCAAUGAGAGCACGGUUGUUGAAAGUGAGACCAUUUCAGAAUCAAUGCUUCUGGACUUCAUGACCUGUAUGACGGACUCGCUGAAGGACCUCGUUUGGGCGCUGCAGACAUUCAGCCUGCGCCCCUACGGGGAAGUGACUGACUUUCUCAUCCAACAUCUGUGCGAACUGGCCCAGCUCGACAUUCCCGGUGCAGACGUGCGCUUCAACGUCGGCGUAGAGCAGCAGUUCCGCGGCUGCCACUACCGCCAGCUGACUUCGUACGCCUACUGCGCGCUCAAGCUCCUGUGCCUGCCGCAGCACGGGGAGCCUGCCGACAACUUCCGGACCAUUGCCAAGAGCCUGAUGCCGCACAUCCUCAUGCUAGCCGCCGGCAACGCGCAGACCGUGACCCGUCCCUUCGCGAAUAUCCGAGACAACGCCGUGGCCUUUUUGUGCCACGUGAUGCGGACGUGUGACGACUCCCUCAGGGAGAGCUUCCAGGACGUGGGAAUCAUCCUGAUCCACAACGUCGCCUUCCACGCCGUGGACCGCACCGACUUCCGACUUAAGACCACGCAUGCCGUGAUCAUGAUUAUGGGCGAGCUCACCGAGGAGCGCUUCAAGCGCGUCGUCCAGUGGUUCAUAAAGCUCACAACGGUGCCGCUGGCCAACCGGCGUAUCUUUGCCCUCGAAAUGAUCCUUGCCCUCAUAUGGGACGAGCGGGUGGCUGACAAGCGGUCGGACCUGCUGCUUGCUGCCAUGAAGCGAUGCAAUGACAAGGCUGCCUCAGUCAAGACCAAGGCACUGUCCGUGCUUGCGAGCGUGACGAACGAGCAGCACGAUCUGUGGACGCCCUUGCUUAAGGUUUCUAACCCUGUUGAGCCAGGAGAUGAGGGUGAAGGGGAACAGGUGGCCGUUGAGGACGACCGCCUCUCCCAGCUGAUGGAGGUGCUCAAGUAUCGUGCAGAAGACUCUAAAGUGAAUGUGCGCAAAGCGGCACUCUCACUGCUGCAGAAUGUACUCUGCGCCAGUGGCGACUUCAUCAAGGAGGAGUACGUGGAGAUUCUGAAGGAGAGCUGCCUGGACUUGGCUCUGCUAGUGCGUAAGCAGGCACUUCAGGCUCUGACCAAGUGCCUGCGUGCACACCCAGAGGAAGAGCUGUUGCUGCGGCUCUGGUUGGAAGGAGCGCUUCCGCUGGUGCUGGAUGCCGAGAACACUGUCAUGGAGAAGGCUGUUGAGGCCGUUGAGGAGCUGAUUCUGGGACCGCUGUGCCUCUUGGCACCAGGGCCUGAUGCCAACCUGGCCUGGCGGCUACUGGCACAGGUGUCUCAAGGCCCAUUUCGUGAGCACCACAAGUACCUCCAGCAAGCUGUGCUGCAGCUGCAUCGUGCUGAGAAGUUGCGGCCCAACGAGUUGAACGUCCUGAAAACUUAUGUUGGAGGACCCAACGAUGCCUCAGUCUGGCUGCUGCUUUCCAAGCUCUCUCUGUGCUGUGACCUUGGCCAGGGCAACUUCGCCUUCAGCUACUGGAAGCAGCAGUGGGAGGACCAGCCGGAAGGGUCGAAUAGCCCACGUGGCUCCAACGAGACAAUUAACCACGUGCUUAUUGUCCUCAAGAAAGUGUCUCGCCACUUGCCCUCAAAUGCGCUGCGAGAGCUGAUAGCAGAUCUGGAGCAGCGGCUAUCUCAGCUGAGUCUCCCUGUAGAGGUUAUCGCUCACACAGUGGACUGCUUGCACAGUCUUAAGCGUAACGUGCACCGGGAGCGGCCUGAACUGGGCGAGCGUGCCGUCCAGGUAUGGUGUAAGCAGAUGCUGGACAAAUGCCAAACGUUCCUUUCCCAGGCCGUCAUGGGAACUAAGGGUGCAGACAGCACACUUCUGGAAGAGCAACUGGUGCGCCAUCUCAUGCUCCUCGGGGAGGCAUCUCAGCCCGCACCUCGUGCUGUCUCCAGCCAGCUUCAUGACCUGGUUCAGGCCUGCAUGACCAGUCCGGGUGGCCCAGAGCCCACAUCAGAGCCUGUCUCUAGGGAAGAUGCCGCCAUGUCAGAGCCUGAUGCCGAGAAUGGUGAUAUCAAGGAGAAGAAACCAACCAGGCGAUCCCGGGCACGACUGUCGGGUGGUGGAAAGAGCUGCCUGCGACCCACUCGGCGCGUGCGUGCCCAUGCAGUGAUUGUGAUGGGUAUGCUUUGCAUACAGAAUGAAAUGCUUGCGAAGACCGUUGUGCCAACCAUGGGAAAUUCUCUGUCAAGCAGCCAGGAUCCGAUGAUACGUGCCAACCUGAUAGUUGCAUUGACUGACAUGUGCAAGCGUUAUGCAGUCCUGGUUGACCCGUAUCUACCCAUUGUGACACGUUGCAUCAAAGACUCUGUUCCAGCUAUUCGCAGUUUGGUCCUCACAUGCUUGCUGCAGUUGCUGCAACAGGAUUUUGUUAAGCUGCAUGGGCGGCUCUUCUAUAGGUUACUUUCAGCCCUUACUGACGAGGAGCGCGAGAUUCGCGAGCUGGCUGAGUUUGGGCUAGUGGACUGUGUGCUCAAACGGAAUACGCAUGUCUUUUACCACCGGUUCGUGGAGUGCCUCUGCUACUUCAACUCUUACCGCGGUUGCAGCGGCCAGGCAUCACAGGAAAAUGUUGUUGAGACGACCGAGCGGGACCGGCGCCUGUUCAGCCUUGAAGGAGAGGGUCGACGGGACCAGCGUAUGGCAUUGUACCGCUUCAUGUUGCUAAACAUGCCAGAUGAAGAUAGGUUUAAGCUAACCCUUGCACUGACCCAGAGUGUGCUUGUGCCCUGUGCGGAUGAGACAAACACUGGCCCCGGCAUGGAAGAGGAGUGCCCUGAGCUGCUACAUGACACAUUGUGGGUGCUGUGCUCCGAGGAGAUCAAACUGCAAACCAUUGCAGCUGCAGCUGAGGAUGCAGCUACAGAGGAAGACCCUGCCCAGGCCUUGCUGCACACCACACGCAAAACAAUACUCAGCACUGUGGUGCGGGUGAAUUUGGUGGAGAACGUGAUCCCUGUGGUCAUCGCUCUCAAGAACAAGUUGGAGGCUGCCCGGUCACCACUACUGCGGUCACUGCUCAUGUUCCUACGCGAGCUAAUGCGCGACUACAAGGCGGAGGUCAAGGACAUGCUGUCGGCAGACAAGAAGCUGGCCAGCGAGGUUGCCUUUGACCUGCGGCGCCUGGAACGGGAGGAAGAAGAGGAGGCCGCUGCCGAGGGCCAUCCGGCUGCAACACCAAAGACACCUGCACGUGCGGCAAACCCAGAGCUUAGGGAACUGCUUGACACAGCGCGUAAGCUCAGGGAAGAGGCCAUCAAGCGGCGCAGCAUUGUGGUGCUGCCAGAAGUUGCAUCUGAGGAAGGAACUGCAGAGCAACAGAAUGGCGAUGGCGAGGCUGCGCAUCAAGGUGACCAAGCAGACACUGCCUCAACUGCAGCUGCGGAAAACGCUGUUGAGAAUAAUCCAGAGGAACCAGCUGGUGACAAGCUUGCUUCAAAACACACACCUAGCAAUGCACGGACAAAAAGUCGGGCUAGCUCCACGGCUAGCCUCGAGUCUGUGUCAAGCAAAGGUGGCUCUAGAGCUACACCAACCGGACGACCAAAGGACUCUUUACGGAACUCUGCAGCACCUGCGGCCAGCAAGUCUGUUUCUGAAGUGACUCCACUAAGGGUUUCAAACAGCCGCUCUAACUCAACAGCACGAAAAGAACUCGUGAUGGACCUAGCUGACAGUCAAGUACAAGAGCAGGCAAAAGGUGAUGUUCUGAUGGAAGACGCUGCUCCAGAUUCCCCACUGUCACGGUGUUCCAGUUUAUCUGACCUUAGUGACAUCAGUGCACUGUCUAUUGAGGAUGCCACAGAUGGAGCUAAGAGAAGAAUAAGAAAGAAGAGUCAGACUCCUACGCCUCCUUCGGGAGUUCGUAUUUCAGGGAGGCUUCGGUCACCAAGGAGGAGGUUUCCAAUCGAACUUGGCGAAACUAACGCUGUACAAAGUUCACCGCCACAAAACUCUGCAACAUCAGUCCCCGAUUCACCAGCACAUUCAGAGACAGAUGCUGGCGAGUUCAAAAAGCCAACAAAGAAACCUGGUCGAUUAACAACAAGCAUGAGCAGUGCCCAGACCAGUACGCCUGUGCUCGGCGACCGAAGAAAAAGGCUCUGCAAGUCUCCCAAUAUCAGUGUAAUCAAAUGACGUUCACACGUGCUCUUUUAGGACCUUGUGGCAAAAACAUGACCAAGCAUGUGUUUUAUUAUUGUAUUGUACAUUUAAGGUUUUGUACGAUCUGUAGUAAUGUAGAAACAUUUUCAUUCAUAUUUAUUAUUAAACGAAUAUUAUUAAAACAUGA